ACACUAACUCUUCUGAGGCUUCUUGACCUUGGUGUAUAAACAAUUUGUGUCUGUGAAAGCCGGGCUUUAUUUAUUGUGAAAUAAUACUGUGAGGACAUAACUGAGCACUCCUGAAAGACUGAAUAGUCUUCACCAUCAGUUAGUUCAACAAGUGAGCACUGAUGUUCAUCGUGAUUUUUUUUCAAUAAAAGAGCGGGAUAACACGAAUUUAUUUCCAGCUGCUUACAACCUGAUACUAAAAAAUCAGUUGCAAAAUGGGUCACUUUAAAGUAACUUCCAACUAAACUCUUCCAUGUAUUUUUAAGCCCAUCUUAUGAUUAUGACUUGUAACUAUCAGCAACUCACGAGAAUCAAACAAAAUAUAGUAAAUUCCUACUAUUCUGCUCAGAUCCUUGUUCUUACUCUCUUCAAGAUGAUGAAGGGAACUGUGUAAAAGAUAAAGUGAUGAGUUGUUCUGGAUAGAGAAUUCUCGACCUUGAGUAUGCGGAUUUCUUAUUGUGCGAUGAUACCCAAGCCAUGCAAUCCUCACUUAAUCGUUUGGCAGUUAGUGUCCGUCGGUAUGGUAUAUGCUUUGCAUCGAAGUGCAAAGUAACUUCACAAGACUGAUCCUAUACUCACCCUGGGUAGUGGGCAGAUAAUAGUCGAGAGAUUAUAUGCAGUCAAAUCAACGGUCAACGUCGAGUAAUCAACCUAAUUUUCCACGCAAAAGAAAUACACAUGUUCAAGGGUUGAAAUCUAGACUUCGAUCAAAUAUUAAUUCAAUUUUAUCCAAUUAUGAAAUGAUUUUGUCCCGAUCCAAGAUUGACCCAAAUGAGGUUACUAAAGGUCUUGGUCCAUAUGCUCAAUGUGCUCAAGAUACAUUUGAAUUCAGCGUAAGAGCAGCAAAUAUAGUACAUGCUUGUGAAAAUAUCACUCGUCUAGUAUCAGAAAUUAAACAAUUUUUAAUAUUGGGCGAUUUUCGUUGGUUAGCACGAGUGAAUUCAUUAAAUGAAGAAAAAUUGAUUCUUCGAAAAUUAGAUUUAGAUCGUGUCAGUAAUCGAUUACGUGAUAAACUUGUUGCUGAAUUACAUAACUUAGAACAAGAAACAAGUCCUGAUUAUCCUAUUAUUACUUUUCCAAAAAACUAUUCAACAGUAAAAAAAAAUACAAGUUAACUGUUGUAUCUUCACGUACUUUUGUCAAUUAUAAAUAUCCAUUGAGUUAGUUAUAUUGAUAUUCCUUAGCGUUGAUCAUUCAUUCCAUGAUGGAAACUCUUAGUAAAUGAGAAAUUUUCUGUUCCUAAUCAACAAUGUAAACAUUGUUCUCUCCCCUUAAUUGCAAAAAAAUUUUUUACUUCAAAGCUGGUCUAAAUCAAUGCUUGAACUAAUGAUAAGGAAUAUAUUAAUUGGUCGCUU